CAACUCAAGAGGAACCUGUUUGUGAUCACUGGGGACAUAUCGGCAAAGAACUAUGUCGCCUCGCAGGACGCUUGGACUAUCCAGGCAAAUUCCAUUUAUCCAGGAUUUGACACCAAACGAUCGUUUCAGCAAAAUCUCGCCAUGUUGUACCUCGAACCCACUGUCGAAUUCUCGCAAUACUUCGAUUUCAUCCCCUUGCCCGCUGACAUCCAAUUCACUGAUGCCUCGUACAGCAAAGAAAACAUCGUCGGCUUCGGUUUCGGAAGCAUCACGUCCACUUCAACCGAGGUUGAAACAAAGAAUCCGUUCAAAAUAUACGCGGAUCAAGUUAAUGUGAUGCUGCGGCAAUUGACAAUGCCGGUCGUUGACAUUUCGGUUUGCCAAAAAAUUUACAAUUACACGGCAACGGAUGUGGAACUGUCGUCGCAGCUUUGCUACGGAGGUGAACCCAACAAGGGAGUUUGUCUGAGAGAUGAAGGAGGCCCGGUGACGUGGAUAAGGCCAAGUGACGGCACCAGGAUAAUCAUUGCAGUCAACACCAACAAAUACGGUUGUUCCAAAGGCCUCGCCAAUAUUGGUACGAAAAUCGCUGGGAAUCACUUGCGAUGGAUACAAGCCAUCAUUAAUACCACAGUGACAAUCCCGAAAAGAAAUAACCACAGAGGAUUUUUCGAAUGGCUCCCCGAAUUUAUUGGAAGCCCAAUCCGAAAUAACCCGUCAGAAAACCAGCAAACCACGAACGGGACUUGAAAACGCAAUUUUUUUUUCUUUCACAUUCAUCGGAAUUUCCGCGAAAGUGCUUUCAUGAAUUUCGCCCUCAAUCCAGUCUGCCAGCGGAUGUUGGAAAGAAUGAAUUCUUCAGCUGUUUGCAUCAACAAGUUUGCU